AUGCUGCAGAACCCCGCCACCUCCACCCCCUUCUCGGUCAAUGACAUCCUGAGACUAGAGCGCGAGCAGAUUGGGCUCGAGGCCUUGCAACUCCAGGAGGCACGGAGGAGCCCCGAGAGCUCUCAGUAUCUGAGACUGGUCCCAGAAUCGCGAGGAUCGGAGGUUCACAACACCGGUGGCUGUGGUGGAGGCGACAGGAGGCCGGCCGGGUCAGAGCCUCCCGGGGAUCCCAAUGAGCUUGUCACAGAAAUGGACGCGGAACGGGUGGGUGAUCCCUAUCUGGGCCUCGGGGCAGCCUCGCCCCUCGGCAGCGGGACCCGGGGGCCGGAGCGCUGCGCCGGCAGCAGCGGCGACGGGCUGCGAGGGGAGCGCGCGGAGCAGCCCAAGGCGCGGCAGCGGCGGAGGCCGCGUGUGCUCUUCUCGCAGGCGCAGGUGCUGGCGCUGGAGCGGCGCUUCAAGCAGCAGCGGUACCUGUCCGCGCCAGAGCGCGAGCACUUGGCCAGCGCGCUGCAGCUCACGUCUACGCAGGUCAAGAUCUGGUUCCAGAACCGGCGCUACAAGUGCAAGAGACAGCGCCAGGACAAGUCCUUAGAACUGGCGGGCCACCCCCUGGCGCCACGUCGGGUGGCGGUGCCCGUGCUAGUGCGCGACGGCAAGCCCUGCCUGGGCCCCGGCGCGGCGGCCUUCCCGGGUCCCUACGGCGCGGCCGCCGCGCCCUAUUCCUGUUACGGUGGUUAUGCGGCUGCUCCCUACGUCGCGGGCUACAGCGGAGGCUACGCUGGCGGGCCACCGGGCCCCGCACCGCCCGCGCCCCUGAGCAGUGCGGGCCUCGGAGCGGGUGGCCCGAGCGUCAGCCCGCAGGGCCAUCUGCCCGCCACGCUGCAGGGUGUCCCGGCCUGGUGA